CUACUUUCUCUUAAUGAGAAAUAAAUGGAUAUACAUUCUCCAUAAUGGUUAGAAAUUCAGUGUUGUUUGUAAUCUUGCCCUGACUAGUGUUGUUAUUUAUAUAUUUGUUGAAUCUUCUUUGUGCUUGAGACAAUGUCGUUUAAUAACCAGAGUUCCGACAUGAUCCCAAUACAAGUUGAAUAUGCAGAAUAUAAACGGAAGAAAGAAUAUUUGAAGAGAAUAGUGAGACUCACGACAUCAAAGAUGCAGGAUGACGAAAGUGAUGUGGAGAGCGGCUCAAUGAGCUACAGAAUCCAUUACAAAAUCUACAUAGAGGCUCUGGAGCAAUUAUUAGGCAAGGAAGUAGUUGAGAGAAAAAUAAAAGAUAAGGAGGAAAGAGAAAAGAGAGAGAAAGAAGAAAAGAAAAUUGAAGAAAGAACCUGGACCGAAAAGUUAGCAAUUUUCAAAGCUAUGAACAGAGCUUCUUGCUAUAAGCAACUCUUGGAUCAAGUAAUUAUCGGACAAGAAAGUAUAAAAGAUGCAAAUUUGUUAAUGGCGAACCUCUGUAGCCAGGACAAACAAAGAAAUACACAUAGACAUUUAGAAUUCACUCCUACUGUACCAAAAAGGGCUUUGUAAACUGAUGGUUGUUAAAAUAUGAAUAGAUAGAACCAAAUAUGUUGAAUCAAAAAAUAUACCAAAGAAAUAUUAAAAACAAUUUCUCAUUCUGGAGUUUUAGCAUUUAUUUUCAAUACUCCAUUAAAUUUAUCAGAAAAAAUUAUAGGGUUCUAAUUCAAAUUAUUA